GAACAAUUAGAUUAUUUAAUGGUAUUUGGCUUUGUUUCUUUUCUACCAUCGAAGGUGGCCUUUGGGUGUCAUACUGUUAUUUCGACGCUAAAGGGUCUGCGCAUUACUUUUCUUGUUCCAACUCAGCUUAGUAGAAAGAACACAAGCAGUCUAAGAAAUUUUUCAACGACUAUUCGAAAGCAGCAUAUUUGCCUGGACGCUUCACAAGAGAUGGCGAAUAUGAAGAAUUUCAAGAUAGCGCUUUGUCAGAUUUUAUCUUCGGACAAUAAAGAUGCCAAUAUAUUGAAAGCCUUGGAGGCAGUUGAUGAGGCAGCUAAAAGAGGAGCUGAACUGGUUGUUCUUCCAGAGUGCUUCAAUUCUCCUUAUGAUAACUCUGCUUUUCUCUUGUCUAUGCUGAAGAAAUUCCUGAGCCCGGAGCAAGCAGCGAGGAAGAAUCAUGUUUACCUAGUCGGGGGUUCUAUCCCGGAAAGAGAUGGCUCCAAACUGUACAACUGUUCCCCAGUGUUUUCUCCAAAAGGAGAGUUACUUGCCAAACAUCGCAAAAUUCAUCUCUUUGAUGUCGACGUUCCAGGUGGAAUUCGUUUCUUUGAAUCAGAAACUUUAUCUCCUGGUAACUGCAUUACUGUUGUGAGGACUGAGUUAGGAAAUAUUGGUGUUGCAAUUUGCUAUGAUAUCCGAUUUCCAGAGUUAUCCAUGGCAAUGGCACGAGAAGGUGCCUGCAUACUUUGCCUUCCGGCAGCUUUCAACAUGACUACAGGUCCGGCUCACUGGGAAUUGUUGAUGCGUUCUCGUGCACUCGACAAUCAGAUGUACGUUGCUGCAUGUGGACCUGCUAGAAAUGAAAGUGCAAGUUAUCAAGCUUGGGGUCAUUCGAUGAUAGCAAGUCCUUGGGGAGAUAUUGUCAUUAGCACGGAGUUUCAAGAAGACCUUCUCAUUUCAGAAGUGAAAAAGGAGCUUGUGCAAAAGACAAGGGUUUCGAUUCCCCUCUCUAAACAGCGUCGCUCCGAUUUGUAUGAGCUUCAAUAUUCUUUGAAAUCAAUGUAAGAAUUGUUCAAAACGCAAAGUUUCUUUGUGAUAGCAAAAUACUUUGUAAUCGUGAACAAACAACCAGCUUUUGGAUAUCGAACUAUUCCAUUGGCCAUCUCUCAUUCAGAAUAGUG